AUGUCGAUCGAGGAAAGGAAUCGAAGACCUGCCAAUACUGCCUUCAAGCAGCAGCGCUUAAAAGCUUGGCAACCAUUACUAACACCCAAAACUGUACUACCCACACUAUUUGUUGCGGGCAUCAUCUUUGCUCCAUUAGGUGGUGUUUUUUUGUAUGAAAGCGAUACAGUUAAUGAGAUUGUUAUCGAUUAUACCAACUGCAUGCAUGCCAAUUCAACAGCUGUUUCACUUGAUACACACCUUUAUUCAUACAAAUUUACUGAUGAAGGAAGCGGGCAAUUAUAUGCGCCUACUUAUAGGUUUGAACCAAGUACUGUAGAAGGAGAAGCAGGCCACUGCCUCAUUCGAUUCAGCGUCCCAAUCCAAUUGAAGACACCCAUAUUUUUAUAUUACAAAUUAACAAACUUUUAUCAAAAUCAUCGUAAAUAUGUCAAGAGUUUAAGCUACAAUCAGUUACACGGUGAUGUGAUCACACAAGCAGAUGCAGCUAGCUCUUGUUCCCCACUAGGAGUAGAUGCGAACAAUAAGAUAUACUAUCCUUGCGGACUGAUUGCGAACUCAAUGUUUAAUGACACAUUUGAAGUGACAUUUAUCAACCCACCAGGAAGCACAACAAGUGCAAAAAUGGGUUUUAGUAGCGAAGGCAUUGCAUGGCCAUCAGAUAAAAAAAGGCUGGCUACCACACAAAUGAAUCCUGCUGAUUUAGUCCCUCCUCCCAAUUGGCAAAAAAAAUACCCCAACGGAUAUACAGCCGAAAAUAUAUUCAAACCACAAGAAGAUGAGCAUUUCCAAGUCUGGAUGAGAACAAGUUGGUAUCCCACCUUUAGAAAAUUAUACUCAGCAUUAAGAGAAGGAACACUUGAAGCAGGAACGUACGAAGUGAACGUUACUCUAAAUUAUGAUAUUACAGCUUAUGGAGGCACUAAGUCUAUAGUCGUUACAGGUACUUCUUUUUUGGGAGAUAGGAAUCCUUUUAUGGGCCUAUCAUGGAUUGUUAUGGGCUGUGUUUGUACACUUUUGGGUGUUAUCUUCUUGGGUUGGCAUUUCUUCAAACCAAGGUAA